GGUGACUACACUGAGGGAGUGAUAGACAGCGGCGGGCUGAGAGACAAGUGGAAGGCUUGCCAUCAACACACAGCUCAUUUUAUAAACUUUUUAAAGGGAUGUUGUAAAGAUAAAGGAGUCCAUCGUCUGGUUUGUGUUCAGGUUGUUUUGAAAAUUCGAUAUUUGAAAAAAAAAGAAAACAGGAAAUGUAAUAGGUAAUUAGAAACGAUUUGGACGGAUAAGACAGUCAAACUGUUUUUAAAAAGAUUUAGUUGUUUAUUUGUUUGUGUGAGAGUGGGCGCUUGUUUCUGCGCGCGCGCGUGUCGUCACUGCUGAGAAGACUGAUGUUGGAGUUGGUUGGCUGCUCGUCAGCGCAGGCGGCACGGUGUGUAGACGCACCGCCUCAGGUGAAGAUAUCCCGCACGAUAACGGACAAAGCUCAGGGGAGUUGAACGCUGGACGGUGACCCUGUGGAAAUGUUUAAGUUUUAACAACAAUGUGAGGCGCGCGCGCAGUGACGCACAAUGUUUUGGUCAUGGCCCAUCGGCCCUGCCGUCAUCCUGGUGGCUGUGCAGAUCUCCAUUGGUGAGAAGUCCUGCGUCCUCUGGUCUAGUGCUGGUCUUGAGGUGCUGCGAGGUUCCACUUUCGAGGUGUACUGCACCUUCAAUUGCAAGAACAAGCUUUACAUUUACAGCGGCAGUCCUCCCCAAAAGCAGAGCCACCGGGUCUUUAACGACACAACUAUCUACCUAAAAAUUGAACACCUAACAAGUAGCAGAACCUUCAGCUGCAAGUGUGAGGAAAAGCCGGAACUGGAUCCUUGUGGACAGGACAUCUCCACUGGAUACCCCCCAGAUCGCCCCAAAGACAUUUUCUGCGACUAUGAAAUCCAAAAUUUAGAGAGUGGUGUUAUAAACUGCUCUUGGAAUGGAGGAAGGAACACUUUUCUGCGGAAUCACUUUGAGUUGGGGGUCAGAACUGUAUCUGGUAACGGGACAGAAGGACUGCUGCUGCUCAAUGUGUCAAGAAAAGAAUCAAAGAGGCUGUCGGUGAAUUUCAACAUGUCCAGAUCUGUUGAUCGUAUUUCUGUGUGGGUUCGUGCCCACAACUCCCUGGGCUCUGCAGUGUCCGCGGUCGUCAACUACACACUCAGUGACAGAGCAAAGCCAUCGGCCCUCAGUCUUGGCCAGCCCGAUUGCUCCUCCAGGGAGUGCAGACUCAAAGUGGAGCAGCCUUUGAACGUGUCUUACCUGGAGAUCCAAUACAGAGCCGACCACCAACAAUGGACAUCCAAUCCGGACUCUGUAAGAAGAUGGAGCUCCUCGACUUCAUCUCAGGCCCGGUCCAUCGGAUCUCUGGAGCCCCACAGGCUGUACCAUUUCAGAGCCAGAUCCAAGUUUCGCUCUGGCCUUUGGAGUUCAUGGAGCUCAAACGUCUCAGGCUGGACUCAAGAGGAAGCUCCCGCCCGAGCGCUGGAUGUGUGGGUUGUUUGUGGUCCUGACUCUAAAUCAAUGAUGGUCCUCUGGAAGGAACCCAACGUGUCCAUAUCCAGAGGAAAAAUCACUCAGUACACAGUCAGAGUUUCCAGCCCAAGCCUGAACAUCAUCACUAAUGUGAGUGCCGAUUCCAGGAAUUAUUCAGUCCCACUCUGCAGUCACUAUGAAGUGACAAUGUGGGCUCACAACUCAAAGGGGAUGUCGCCUCCUGCCACCAUGACGUCCCUUUACACUGAAGCCAAGCCGCUUAGAGAUGUGAGAGCAACAGUAAACAGCGACUCUGUCACCAUCUCCUGGAGAAAACCUAAACUCGCGCCUGCCAUGUACGUGGUGGAGUUGUACCCAGAGGACUUCCUGCUAAAUGAGCUCCAAUGGGUUCGGCUGAACAAAAGUGAAACAACCGCUGUUCUUUCAGGAAUCAAGCCCUAUGAGUGCUAUGAGGGAGCUGUGUAUGUCUUCUACAACAAGAGCUUUGUAGGCAAGACCCGGUCUAAUCGAGUCGCUGCUUUGGAGUCAAAGCCUAAAAGUAGUCCAUCGUUUGAAGCAAAAAACAAGGGAAACAAAGUGAUAAUAACCUGGAAGAUGCUUCCCAGAGCGUUCCGCAUGGGCUGCAUCACCCAAUAUACCAUCUAUGUAGAGAGCAGCACUGGAGACCACAUGAAUUACUCUGUUGGAGCCUCUGAGACAACAUUUGAGAUUAAAAAUCUAUCUCCCGCUAUCUACACCCUGUGGAUGACUGCUUCAACUGCCAAAGGAGAAGGUCCUAAAAGUCAAAAGGGCAAGUUCCCCAUCAAACAAGAUGACCACCCAUCCCUCCUGCUUGAGUGUGUGGUCGCUGUCCUGAUGGUGCUGCUUCUGCUCUGUCUGUGCCAGAGUGCAGUGGUGAAGCACAGGUUCUGGGAGCUGUUCCGGUGCCUCAUGCUGGAUGUUGUUCCGGAUCCUGCAAACAGCAAGUGGGCAAAAGAGUGCAUCAAAGAGAAGCAGGGCAGGCUGAGCAUCCAGCUGCUGUCCAGUGGAUCCACUUCCACGGACAAGGAAGAAGACGUCAACAUGGUGGAUGUGGAGGAGCUUUUCAAGCAGACCAUUGACACCCCCCUGCCCACAGGCGACUCGACACAGCUGAUCAGUCGGAGCCCGGACGUGGACCUGAAUACACUGAUGUACCCUGCUUUGACCACGUACAUUAAGAGCCUGUCCCACGACUCGGACACAAACACCACGGUGGACUACAUCUCGUCAGACGGCCCGGAGAGCAUGGAGGAAAGGGAGGAUGAGGACGUAUUCGGGGGCAUGUCUUUCCUACCCAGUCACGGCAUCUUCUUCACUGAGAUGCUGCAGUUUGAUGGGAAGCUGACGCUGGAUGCUGUAAAGAUUGACUGCAGUGACAUGCAAAUCACUUAAUGGACCUUUGACAUCUGGAUUUCCUGAAGAGAGAAAAACAUCCCCCUGAUCUUUUUCCUCUUAUUGAUCUAUCUCUCUUACGAGAUAUACAAGAACUACCUCCAAUCUCUAUACUGCUAAAGUUGGCGCUUCAGCAACAACAACAAAAAAAUCAUAGAAUGCAUUAUGACUUCUUGGACUGCUACAGACACACUAAGUCUUAAAAGUUGCAGGAAACUGUGUCUUUUUGAUGAAAAAACAGGUCAAAAUAAAUCUUCAUCUUUGUUUCUUUGCUUCACUUUUAGCCUCAUCAUGGAAUUAUCAGCCACUCUUUUUUUCCAGUUAUUUUUUGACACAGUUUGGUGUCUUAACUGUGAUUUUAUACAAUGAAGGUGUAAAAUUGACCUUAAUGUCUGAUCAAAUAAAACAAAUGUA